AUGGCGGCCAAAAUAAUUCUUCUGCUCCUAAGCAUUUCCGUGUUCUAUACCAUCUUUUAUUUUGCCGAAAUCAAUGGCGCGCAUAAAUUGUCUCUUGAUGCGAUUGCAGCUAAGAAGCUGCCAGGCACUGAUGAGACAUUGAGGACAGUCUAUACUGGAUUCGAGGGUCUCGAUCGACUCCUUACGGUCUUGACUACUUUUUUCUGGCCCAUGGCCGAUGGAAGUCACCCGGGUCUCACGCUACACUCCAUCGGAUUUUCCGGGACAUUUGGCUCGGCUUGGGUGUUGGUGACGUUGGAGUCAUGGAGAAGAGGGAACUCGUGGACUUUCGCUGCCUUCCCCACAAUCUUCGGCCUCACAGCCCAAGUCCUUACAUUUGCUUUCGCAACACCACUGUAUUGCCUCGUUCAGCUCCUGACUUCGACUACGGCGCGCAAACCCACCGUGGAGACCAUUCGGGUUCCUCGCGCCGUGCUGAACGCGCUCCCAUUUGUCUUCAUAAUCGGAUACACGGUGCCCUCGACGCUCAUGAUCCUUCCACUGUCAGAGACCAUCACGGCAGAUCUCAAACAAAUCUUCAUCGCCAUCUGGCAACCCUGGCCCGCAUACAUAGCGAUCCUCUCAACGCUCGUGCAUUUCGUUUUCACUCCGUUCAUCGCCAACGACCGGUCAACUGACGGGGGACGGGCGACAUUGCGCGCCUUUCGACGUGUGUAUGCGUUCGCGUUUGCGAAUACCGCCAUCACGCAUUUGAUCUCUUGGAUUGUGACGCUUGCUACCGUGGUAGCUCCAGCCGUCAUCGAUGACAGCUAUAAGGAAUCACUCCAUCCACUCAACGUGUAUGAUAUCCCGCUGCCGUGGGGAUCGCCGCUCCUACAGGUCGAAACGCUGGGACAGGGUGUCCAUGCAUUCCUGCGAUGGGAUUAUUUGAUUGGCUCCGCGGGGGUGCUGGCCUGGGCGAUCAGUCUGUACAAGGCUUCCCAUCUCGCAGUUUAUGGCCGUGUCGGAUGGUUUGGAUUGGUGGUGAAGACGGUGCUUUUGAGUGUGUUUACGGGCCCGGUGGGUGCGGCUGUGGAGCUCAUGUGGGAGAGAGAUGAGCUGGUGUUUAAUGAGAUGGGUGGGGUGAAGAGGGAAGUGUCGAAGCAGAAGAAGUCUUCGUGA